GUUGCAAAUAACAAUUUCCUCUGCUUUUUGGUUGUUUUCUUGAGUAGGAAGUUGUCAUCGAUGCUUUAAGAAGCACAAGAAAAAAAAAACGGCAUCUCGACUAUCUACUCUUUAGUUGUGUUUUUUGAAAACCACUACACAUCACUCUUAUCACCGCCGUCAACCACCACAAGCGCCGUCACAAUCCUCCGUGAAAGAUGAGUAGAGGAAGCGGAGGUGGCUACGAUCGCCACAUCACCAUUUUCUCCCCUGAGGGCCGUCUCUUUCAAGUGGAGUAUGCUUUCAAGGCUGUUAAGGCUGCUGGGAUCACCUCAAUUGGUGUUCGAGGAAAAGAUUCGAUUUGUGUUGUUACUCAGAAAAAAGUUCCGGAUAAACUUUUGGAUCAGACAAGCGUCACGCAUCUCUUUCACAUCACCAAGUAUCUUGGUUUAUUGGCAACUGGCAUGACAGCUGAUGCUAGGACACUGGUCCAACAAGCAAGAAAUGAAGCAGCUGAGUUUCGCUUUACAUAUGGAUAUGAGAUGCCUGUGGAUGUAUUGGCCAAAUGGAUUGCGAACAAAUCUCAAGUCUAUACUCAACAUGCUUAUAUGAGGCCACUUGGAGUAGUUGCAAUGGUUUUGGGUAUUGAUGAUGAAUAUGGGCCUCAGCUUUACAAAUGUGAUCCAGCUGGUCAUUACUUUGGUCACAAGGCCACAAGUGCUGGAUUGAAGGACCAAGAGGCAAUUAAUUUCUUGGAAAAGAAGAUGAAGAAUGACCCUUCAUUUACCUAUGAGGAGACAGUUCAGACUGCCAUUUCUGCCUUGCAAUCAGUUCUUCAGGAGGAUUUCAAGGCCACCGAAAUUGAGGUUGGAGUGGUGCGGAAGGAUAAUCCAGAAUUCAGAGUUUUAUCCACCGAAGAGAUUGAUGAGCACUUGACUGCAAUAAGUGAGCGUGACUGAGUUCUUGAUAAGGUUAUAAUUGUUCAAACAUUCUAAUGCUGGAUUAAAUUAUGUACUGUUUUCUGGGAUCAUGGAAAUUGAUUUAUCAAAUUACCCAAGAAAGAUGUUGAAGAUGGUGUUUG